AUGCAAACAGAAGAUCAAGGAAACGAUUUGUACCCCAUUGCUGUCUUAAUUGAUGAAUUAAAGCAUGAUGAAAUUACCUACAGAUUGAAUGCCUUAAAUCGGUUAUCAACAAUUGCUUUGGCUUUGGGACCAGAACGUACACGCGAUGAGUUGAUCCCAUUUUUAGACGAGUCGAUCGAUGAUGAAGAUGAAGUUUUAUCUGCUUUAGCAGGUCAAUUAGGCAAUUUUGUGGACUUUGUCGGAGGACCUGAAUAUGCUCAUGUGUUACUAUCACCUUUGGAAAACCUUGCUGCAACCGAAGAAACUCUUGUGCGUGAAAAGUCUGUGGAGGCCUUAAAUAACGUCUGCAAAUACUUGUCUCAAGAACAAUUGGAGCAAUACUUUGUGCCUUUAGUACAACGCUUAUCUACAGCUGAAUGGUUUACUUCCCGUGCUUCUUCUGCUGGUUUGUAUUGCGCAGCAUAUUCACAAUCUCAAAACCCCGCUGUUAAAGUAUCUCUCCGUCAAAGCUUCAGUCACUUGUGCCAUGAUGAAGCACCUAUGGUUCGCCGUCCUGCUGCCACAAACUGCGCAAAUUUUAUCCUUCUCAUUUCAAAACAGGAGGCCAUUGAUGAAUUUAUCCCACUUUUCAACUCUCUUUCUAACGAUGAUCAAGACUCCGUCCGUCUUCUUUCAUUUGAUAUCCUGAUUUCCCUGGCCAAGGUGUUGGAAGACGACUCCGAUAUUCGUCACUACUUGAUUCAACCUUUAAGGUCGUUUGUCCCUGACAGCAGCUGGAGAACUCGUUAUAUGGUAGCUGCUAAUUUUGUGAAGCUUGCGAAGGUUGUCGGUCCCGACAUUAUAAAAGAUGAACUUAUCCAACCCUUUAUCCUACUCAUGAAAGACAGCGAACAAGAAGUUCGUCGUGCCAUUGCAACUCAGAUUCCUGGAAUUUGUGAACUUUUAGACCGACAAACAGUUCUUGAUGAUAUAAUUCCUGUUCUUCAAGAUCUAAUCAAUGACCCCGCGCAACACGUCCGUGCUGCUCUCGGAAUGAAUAUUGGUGCUCUCGCACCUCAGUUAGGAAAAGAAAAAACAAUUGAAUGUCUCUUACCAAUGUUUUUGGAAUUGUUAAAGGAUGAAAACCCAGAAGUUCGUCUUAAUAUUAUCUCAAAGUUGGAAGUUGUCAAUAAAGUUGUCGGAAUUGAAUUAUUGUCUCAAUCACUUUUGCCUGCCAUCGUUACCCUUGCCGAGGAUAAGCAAUGGCGUGUUCGUCUUGCAAUUAUCGAAUAUAUUCCAUUGUUAGCUCGUCAGUUAGGCGUGGAAUUUUUUAAUGAGAAAAUGGGAAAUCUGUGCAUGGCUUGGCUUGAAGAUCAUGUGUAUUCUAUCCGUGAAGCUGCCAUUAAAAACUUGCGGCAGCUUACUGAGGUUUUUGGUUUACAAUGGGCUACAAAAACCAUUAUACCAAAAUUCCUGGCUAUGCGUGGACAUCCUAAUUAUCUGUAUCGUAUGACUACCAUAUUCGCUAUUAGUGAACUUGCACCGGUGCUGAAUGCGACCGUAAUUGAGACUCAAAUUCUUCCCAUAUUGCAGCAUCUGGCUAAAGAUGCUAUUCCUAAUAUUCGUUUUAAUGUUGCUAAGUCCUUGAAAGUUUUGAGCCCUGUACUAAAGUCGGACGGGAAAGGCGAUGUAUAUCAACAAGAAAUUUUGCCUAUUUUAGAACACCUUACAAAGGACGGCGACGAAGAUGUUCAAUUUUUUGCAAAUCAAGCACUUGAAGAAACAGCCGACUAA